AUGGUGCACAAAUUCGAAGUGUCGGUUGUACUGAAUGUCGGUUCUUCUUAUCAUAAUCGCUUAUGUCUUUUGAGUUCUCAAAGCAGGGGGGUCCAUGUGAGUGUGCACAACCCAGGGUCUCCACCCGAUUUGAAACGUGGAUUAAUAAUGGCUCCUGGAACUGAAAACAUAGUCACAAUUGUUCAGACGGAGAGGUUUCGAUUGGAUAAGCCGCACAAUAACUUUUACGAAAAGAUCACAUUGUUUGGUCUCCUUGAUUGGCACGAAAUCCUGCCAGGCAAAUUGCUUAAUGCCGUGUACAGAAACAAUUUUUUCUGGCGAGUUCAUCUUGGGAAACCGCUGAGAAAUCGUUUCGUUGAGAAACAAAAUUACAAUAAAUGA